CAAAAUAAUCAUUAAGAAAUAAUAAAUAUACAUGUCCGUUUGAGAGUAAAAUUAUUAUGAACUGCUCUCGAAAGUAUUUUUCGCUGAUGAAGCUUGAAAGGGCUUAAGAGUCGCUAUCUGAAAUCAUGGUUCAACUAUUAGAGAGCAAUCGCGUUCCCAAAUACAUGGAUACAAAGUAUUAUUACCAUCGAAGAGUACUCUCAAAAAUACGAAUUAGUUUCGUAUUCUGAGAGUAGCUAUUGUGAAAGUAGCAACACAAGAGUGAAUAACUCCAAGAGAAGAAUAUUGGAAAAAUUAGAUCUUCGAAUUAAUAAUAUAUGAAGUAAAUUUAAUAUUGUGGAAGAUCAAGGAUAUAAAUUAUAGAAACAAGAAUUCUUGCACAAAUUGGGUGUUCCUGAACAAUGGAACAUGAUUGAUAUUUAUGGUUUAGAGCCAGAUUUAUUGGCAGUUGUUCCUAGACCAGUUUUGGCAGUCAUUUUGCUUUAUCCCGAAUCAGUAAAGACUGAGGUACAAAACAAAGAAGACGAAGAAACUAAAUCAAAGGAUAAUGGAAAGGAUAGACCAGAUGGUGUUUAUCACAUGAAACAGAUUAUUUCCAAUGCAUGCGGUACAGUCGCAUUAAUUCAUAGCGUGGCAAAUAAUAUGGAAGAGAUAAAUCUUAAAGAAGGAUUUUUAAAAUCUUUCUUGGAUGAUUCAAAGGAUCUUUCUUUUGCCGAACGCGGAGAGCUUUUGGUUAAUGCUCAAGGUAUCAUCGAUACGCAUAAAGAAUCUGCUCAAGAAGGACAAACGGAGGCUCCUGAGGAGGACACUCCGGUGUACUAUCAUUUUGUCGCAUUUGUACAAAAGAACGGAACGCUGUAUGAAUUAGAUGGUCGUAAACUUGCUCCUGUCGAUCACGGACCAACUACACGAGAAACAUUAUUGGAAGAUUCUGUCCGUGUUUGUAAAGAAUACAUGGCACGUGAUCCAAGCGAAAUGCGCUUCACCGUUGUCGCUCUUGCUGCCAGUUAUUAAAGAACAUUUCCUUUUCUAAUAUUCAAAUACAUAUGUAAACACGCUUAAUGCUAAUUUAUUUUCUAUGAUAGUUACGUAGUUCGCUUGGGCAAUUUAUUUGUUAUAUCUUUAUCCUUUUUUUAGGUUUUUACAUUGUAUGUCCUAUAAUAAUCAAAGAGGAACGAAAUACUGAUCAUA